CGCCCCCAAUAACCUCCCCCUCAUGUAACGUCACACCAACGGCUAUUUGCAUGAAGUGUUUUCUGGCUGCAGCUCGAGCUCGGCUGCAGAGCGAGGUCCUCUGAGGGGGAAAGCGAGGGAAGCGGUGCAGUGAAAAUAGGAGGAGGGGGGAGUCUUGUGUUUCACAUCAGAGGAGCAGCGAGGAAAAACGGGCUGAAAGCAAGGAUAAGGUGUCCGAUAACAAAAGCAGAGAGGGGGGGGAAAGCAGAAGAGCGGCUUCUCUUGUAUCGGAAAAUGGAGCUACCCGCCGCGGGAGAGCACGUCUUUGCGGUGGAGAGCAUCGAGAAGAAGCGCAGCAGAAAGGGACGGGUUGAGUAUUUGGUCAAGUGGCGUGGAUGGUCUCCAAGAUACAACACAUGGGAACCAGAGGAGAACAUCCUGGACCCAAGACUACUUGAUGCGUUUCAAGACAGGGAACGUCAAGAGCAGAUGAUGGGGUAUCGCAAGAGAGGACCCAAGCCAAAACAUCUUCUGGUCCAGGUGCCUUCCUUUGCCAGGAGGUCCAGUAUCCUGGCUGACCUACAAGAGGCGUCCCUGGAUGAGGACAGCUGUCAGAACGCCAGUCCCAUCCAGAUGCUUCGUCCGCAGCCCCAGCAUUACCAGCUGAACAGUAAGAAGCACCACCAGUACCAGCCGCUGUGCAGGGAGCGUGAGGCUGAGCAGCAGGCUAACGGCAAGAAGUUUUACUAUCAGCUUAACAGCAAGAAGCAUCAUCACUACCAGCCAGACAUCAAGGUGCACGAGCCCAUAUUUGCUAAACCCAAGAUAGACGUCCAAGCUCCUGAGCUGGCUAACAAAGAAUAUAACCUUCCUCCGGUGCUGCAGCAAAAGUGGGUUCGGGACAAGGACUCGGGCUGUCUGACCAAAGUGAAGGAUAUCACCAUGGAGCUGAAGAAGCUUCCGGCAAACUUCAACGGACACAAAGAGCAAGAGAAGCCAAAACCUAAGGAGGACGCUUUACCACAGCCCAACGGUGUCAGCAGCAGCAAACUAAAGAUUGUGAAGAACAAAAACAAGAAUGGCCGGAUUGUUAUUGUCAUGAGCAAGUACAUGGAAAAUGGGAUGCAAGCAGCUAAAGUGAAAAACGGCGAGUGUGAUGCUGCUGAAAAGCCACCGCAAGGCACCGACAACGGUGCGGAAAAGCACCUGGAAAAGAUGAAGCUCGUCAAAAAGCUCGGCCUCAUCAAUGGAUUUGCUAAAAGCCCCGUAGACAAAGCAACAACUCUCAGUUCUGGAUUUAAUGGAAAUUGCCCCAAAGAAAAGGAACCGUCCCUGAAAGCGGAGCUAACUGUGACAGAACAGGAUAAACAUGUUGAGGUCAGGGGUCAGGGCCAGCUUCCAGAGGAUCAGCCUUUGCAAUUGACAACCAAACCUAAUCUGCUCUCCCGGCCUUUGAACAGGGGAGUCCCCUCAUCACAGGACAAAAGAGAAGGCCAAGGUGGGUUUCAAGGGCUAAAGCGACACCUCUCUGACACAGAUGGUGAGGAACGUGAGGGUAGUAAAAGGUUUUUGAGCUCCAGGAGCAUAAGCGCUCCCAACACAGCAUCAUCACCUGUCCAAAUCAUCAACAUCGACCAAAAUGGACACCACAGUCACCCCGGGCUGCAGGAUUGUGGGUAUGUGGACCAAGUGGAGCCCAUUGACUUGAGUAUUGUCAAGUCGAGGCCUAAAGCUCCAGUUCCCACAGCAGCCCAGCCUGAAACGCACACACAGCCCGAGGCGCUAACACACACAGAGGAGGAAAGACAAACAGAGGCUGACACACAAACAGAAACUCAGCUUGAAACACAACAACCUGCAGAAGUGGAGAACGCCGAGUCGCUGUCCGUUUCUAACCACGAACAGAAAAAGGAGGACACAUUUCCCUCCUUCAAACCUUUCCUUGGGAAUAUAGUCAUCACGGACAUUACCACAAACUGCCUCACCGUUACGUUCAAGGAGUACAUAGCAGCGUAACAAUCUGGGUACCAGCUGUUCAUCUGUAUAAAUGUACAUGACAUAUAUUUGUAUUUUUGGAUGCUUGAAUGUACAAAUCGACCCUUGAUGUUGUUUUCAUUUUGUAUAUUGGUAGUUCAGAUAACAAGAGAAACUUUUUAUUUGCAUAUUUCUUCUUAUAAGCUAACGAGAAACUGUCUAUUUGCAUAUUUCUUUCUUAUAAGCUCAACCUGUUGUUAUUUCUGGAGAUUUUAUAACAUGCAGUAUCUUCUUGAAACCUAAACUGCAAAAUUAGAUCGAGCAAAUGAGGGGAUGUAAUUAAAGAUGCACUUACUCGUGUAAAUAAAUACGCUUCACUUUUCUAUGGAUGUAACUCGUUUUAUACAGUCAACCGUCUACAUGUCAGAUAAUGUCAAACAAAUGUAGGCUAUAUGGAGAAUUUUGUUAGGAAGAAAAUUAUAUUGAAUCCUGGUAAAUUACACUGUGUGUGUGUGUGUGUGUGUGUGUGUGUGUGUGUGUGUGUGUGUGUGUGUGUGUGUGUGUGCGCGCGCGCGCGAACAGAUGGACAGAUUUAAAGGAUGCGUGCUGCUUGGACAGAUUAUGCCAUUAGGCAUGCUUAAACAAGCAAAUAAAGAAAAAUGAAGCGCCUUUUUGUCAAUAAAUAUGAUUUGCAUUGUUGAAAAGGCUUUUAAAUGGAAGAUUAUUCAAGCUCGAUGUUUGCUUCUGUUCUGUUUUUUAAGCCAUGCCUCUCUGACGCCGAGCACCAGUCGCCUGUGACUCUGAUAAUUUAUGUUUUGCAGCAGCACACUGACUGAACGUGGCUUCUUUUUCUUUUAUUUGAAUGACAUCAGUCACAAAUCUGCUAGUUAAGCUGUCUAAUCUUACAGACUAAUACCACCAGCUGGGUUCUCUGGAUUCAACUUUUCAUGUCUCUGUUCUUUGGCACCCUGACGUGUUCAGUGAAGGCAGUGCAGUUAUUAUGUAUGGGAUCCCAGAGGCUUGUCUUGACAUAGUUUGCAGUGGAGCUGCAAUUAGAAGUGUGUAAAAGCACUUUUCAUAAUCACUUCUGAUCCCCUGUGUCUCUUCCUGCCCUGCUGGAGGUGGAUUGAGCUGCUCUGUGAGAACCUGGAGCACCGUGUGCUUUUGUGUGCAGAGGAAAAAAUAAUGGCUUCUUAUGAUGCAUCAUAAUUUGCAAUAAUAAAAUUGUUUGCAACUGA